GCACCCCUCGGGGCGCACUGCCGGUCCGGGCGAAGGGGAAGCGCGCGGCGCGCGGCAUGGGCUGCGGACCUUCCCAGACUGCUGAGGACCAGAGACGCGUGCCGGUGCCCAGGAAGGGCUGGGAAGAGGGAUUUAAGGCUGAUGUCGGAGGGACUCAUUCCAGGGAGGACGGCAGGCCCCAGAAGGAAGCUGUGGUACCCGAGGACACUGGGAGCAGCCCCGACAGCCUGGAAAAACAGGCUCCAUUGGGAAGCUUACCUGGCACCAUACCAGAAACCUCCCCAGCUCUUAGUGAAAGAAACAGAAGAAUAAAUUCAGACCUAGUGAUGGAUGGAUCAAUCCAUAAACCCCAACCCCUAAAGACCCAAGAGCGACAGAAGUCAUCGGAUAUUCUGGAGGAAUUAAUUGUCCAAGGAAUAAUACAGAGCCACAGCAAAGUAUUUAAAAAUGGAGAAUCCUAUGAUGUCAUGGUGAACACGACGCCGCUGAGAAAGCCGCCGGCCAGGCUGAAGAAGCUUAAGAUCAAACAGGAAGCAAAGGCUUUCACAAUGAAUGACCUGGACGAGAAGAUGCGGGCAGUGGAGAGGCGCAGGAAGACUAAAGAAGAAGACAUAAGAAAAAGGCUAAGGAGUGACCGACUUCUGUCUCCGGCCAGUCACCCGGGUGCCACGGAACCCGGUGGGGCUGAGGUUCCCUUUGCCAAAGGACCCCACGAGAUGACUUCUGGCCUCUUGGAGCCAGCGCAUCUGCAGGGAGCAAAGCCCUUGAAGAGGAAGAACAGCGAUGCAGCCUCCGGUGGAAGGAACUUCAGUUGUGAAAGCCUCGGGGUGGUGGAGUCAGACCGGUCCUACAACCAAGCAGACGAUGCCUUUGAAUGAAGCCAUCUUCCGCGAAGUGCGUGAAAAGGCAGAAUUCCCCCCAGCUGGGACCAUCCUCCUCCGUGGCUGUGUGCUCUCUGGCGGCCUGACCUCACCCCCUGGGACGCGCCGUGGGUGGAGGGAUGGUUGUGUAACCUGCAGGGGCUGAGCCGAGCGGAGGAAAUGAAAUGCCAACGCUAGCAAAAGGGAAAAAACCGAGACGAUCUGACUAGCUUCCAUAUGACGCCGUUGGCAUCCUCCUCCGGUGUGGCUUCGAGCAUCGUGAAGACGUCUUGAUGAAUACUUUCCAGCCUACAUCACCCUGCCUGUGCCAGAUGAAACCCUUCUCUUUGGCUCCGGGUCCUUGGCUAUGCCCAUCCUCUGAGGGUCCCUUCAGACCAAAUGCACGGAUGUGUAUUCUGUAUUUUCAUGAUCUGUAGG